AUGCCGAAAAUAUCAUCUCAAAAUGCUUUUCAGUUGAUGAGCAACACUAAUAAUAUACGGAAUUUUUGUAUUGUGGCUCACGUUGAUCAUGGAAAAACUACUGUAUCGGAUGCGCUUAUUGCCUCAAAUGCAAUAAUAUCCACUCGACUCGCUGGAGAGCUCCGCUAUUUGGAUAGUCGAGAGGAUGAACAACGGCGUGGGAUUACCAUGAAGUCCAGCGUCAUCUCUCUGGUCUACUCCUUUUCGAAGCCACGUGAUCAAGGUGCCCGCGUGGAUGAGGAAUACUUGAUGAACCUUUUGGAUUCUCCGGGGCACGUGGACUUUGCUGGAGAGGUUUCUACUGCAUUACGAAUAAGCGAUGGAGCGCUUGUGGUUGUUGAUUCCGUAGAAGGCGUUUGUCCUCAAACCGUCACAGUCCUAAAGCAUGUGUUCAUGGAACACGUGACUCCAAUUCUUCUUUUUAAUAAGCUUGAUAAACUUAUAGUGGAGUUGAAAAUGACACCAGCUGAAGCGUACGUCCAUCUCAGUAAAAUUCUUGAGCAGGUGAACGCUGUGGUCGCUAUGCUGGCCAAUGAAAGUCCUAGCGAAUCGGAUUUGUCAGAUAAAAGUAAUAACCAAUCUUCUUACUUUUCUCCGGAAAAAGGGAAUGUUCUUUUUGGCAGUGGUUAUGACAAUUGGGCUUUUAAUUUAAGAACAUUUGCUUGUUUGUGGGCUGAAAAGUUGAAAUGUUCCCGGAAAGUUUUACUUAAAACUUUAUGGGGCGACUUUUAUUACGACUCGAAGAGUAGAAAAAUAAUGAAAGGAGCAUUCUCCAAAAGCAAAACUUCCUUGUUUGAACUUUUUAUAUUGAAGUCUAUUUGGAAUAUUUAUAGUUCCUUUUUUUCGCGAAACGCUGAGCGUCUGCAGAAAGCCGUCGCUUCACUGAAAUUGCGGGUGACGCCCGGCGAUUAUAAAAGCCGGAAAUAUUUACGAGCAAUUAUGAGCCAAUGGCUUCCCAUGCACGAGGCUGUCUUCGAUAUGUUUGUGAGAUACGUCCCUUCUCCCGCUGCUGUUGGAAAAAGAGUUUUGGAGAAUUUCCGUCUAACACGUGAUCUCACUGGUUCUUUUGGUGAGGCAUGUGGGCUAAUCGACGCACUAGAAACCUGCGAUCCCGAAAGCGGGCAUGUGGUGGCUUUUGUUUCUAAACUGGAACGCUUUUCGCCGGACGGUUGGCUCGAAGCACGCGCCAACACCAAAAAUGUUAUUAUGUUUGACCCUCAAAGCGCACAGGAAGCUAGAAAGCGUUAUAGAGAUCGAAUUCAAAGAGAACUUCAUGAUGAGAAUAAACCUGUUUUUACGGAAGCACACCCUGAAACGCAUAGCGAAGAAGAAAGUUUUAUAGAAGAUACGCGUAAAUUACUUGCUUAUACAAGAGUUUAUUCAGGAACGUUAUCUGUUGGGCAGUCCGUUCACGUGUUGGGCCCAAAGUACGAUCCUUCGAAUGUUGUUUCUUUUCGCACUGAAGAAACGGUAGAAGCGAUAUUUAUUAUUAUGGGCAGCGAGUUUAUUCCAGUUGCAUCGGCGCCUGCAGGAUGUAUUGUGGCUGUUAGCGGACUUAACUCAAUCCUCAAAACAGCCACCCUCAGCUCGUCGCUUUACUGCCCUCCACUCUCACCUCUUCACUUUGAAGCUUCUCCAAUCGUAACGGUUGCUGUUGAGCCGCUAAGUUUGUUAGAUAUGCCCAAGUUAAUAAAAGGUCUCCAACUACUUCAUCAAGCGGAUUCCUUAGCAGAGUUUGAACAUUCUGUACGAGGCGAACUUCUCCUUCGAGCUGCUGGACAAGUUCAUCUUGAGCAAUGCUUAAAGGAUCUUGAAGAAGACUAUGCAAAAUGCAGUAUUAGAAAAUCCGAUCCGAUUGUUUCCUUUAGGGAAACCUUAGUUCACCCUCCUAAAAGUGAUAUGACUGGAGAAGUUAUCGAUUAUAAAAACUUAAGUACUUUUGAAAAAAAAGAAAAAGAAGAAUCGGCGGAACUUUGGCUUCUCAAUAAAACCCUUUUUAUAAAAAUUACUGCGCUUCCUCUUCCAAAGAAAGUGGUGGAAUUAAUAAACAGCCAAUUAUCUUCGUUAAACGGCUAUAAACCUUUCGACUAUCAGAAAGACGGCGCUUUUCUUAAGAAAUUGCAACUGGCUUUUUCUGAAGAUUCCGAUUAUGAUUGGCCACUCAACGUCAUCCAUCGCAUUUUGGCGUUUGGACCCAAUAAUAAUGGCCCCAACGUUUUGCUCAACCAAUCUCUGCUGCAGCCCCACACGAGCGGAGAGUGGGCUGCGUCUCAGCCAAUGCUCAACAGUAUAAAAUUUGGCUUUCAAAUAGCCACCAAUCAUGGCCCGUUAUGCGAAGAGCCAAUGCGCGGAGUUUGUUUUGUAAUAAACGCUUUUACUUACGACUCUUCUAUAGAAAAAAGUUCUUGUGGACCCAUUGGAGGAACCUUAAUAAACGCCAGUAAAGAUUUGUGUCGAAAAGCAUUUCUUCGUGGCCAUCCUCGUCUGAUGCAAGCCGUUUAUUCUUGUGAAAUUCACGCGCAAGCAGAAGUUCUUGGCAAAAUAUAUUCUGUAAUAUCUAAACGAGCUGGACAAGUUUACAGCGAAGAAAUGAAAGAGGGGACUUCAUUAUUUCUAGUGAAGUGUUACUUGCCGGUAAUCAAUUCUUUUGGAUUUGUGGAAGAAAUCCGUAAGAAAGCCAGCGGCUCUGCUAAUCCUCAACUGGUAUUAGAUCAUUGGCAGAUUUUGCCGAUAGAUCCCUUUUGGACUCCAUCUACGGAAGAAGAAUUAAUACUUUUUGGAAAAAAAUUUGAUGGCGAAAAUAUUGCAAGGAAGUACAUGAACGACGUAAGAAGAAGAAAAGGUUUGCCUGUAGAAGAAAAAUUAGUGGAACACGCAGAAAAGCAAC